AUGACGCCGCCGAGCCUCUCAUUAACCAUUGACACAUCAUGGCAGCUCUACUUUAGAUGUUGUAAGAGCCUCUGUGUGUGUUUACCCUUCUCUGCAGACGUCCAGCAGCUGCUGGUGGUUAAAGAGGAGAUUCCCUCUGAGCAGCAAGAGAGGAGCUCCACUCUAGACCAGGAGGACCCAGAGCCCCCACACAUUAAAGAGGAACAGGAGAAACCUUGGACCAGUCAGCAGGGAGAGCAGCUUCAAUGGCUGGAGGAGGCUGAUAUCACCAAGGUUACAUCCACUCCUGUCCCUGUGAAGAGUGAAGAAGAUGAAGAGAAAGCUCAGUCCUCACAGCUUCAUCAAACACAAACUGAACGAUUGAAAACAGAAGCUGGUGGAGAGGACUGUGGAGGACCAGAACCAGACAGGAACUCUGAUCCAGAUCCACAUUUACAAUCUGAUACAAAUCAACAGCUGGGAGACUCUUCUGAACCUGAGACUGAUGACAGUGCUGAUUGGACGGAGACCGAAGAACAUCAGUCAGGUUUAAACUGUUUUAAAAAAGAUGGCGGCCCUGUCAGGGAUUCCAGAUUGAGGGCUGGAAAGAAAUCUUUCAGCUGCUCAUUGUCUAAUAAAUCUUUCACAGAGAAGGGGAGUUUAAAGCGACACAUGAGUUGCCACACAGGAGAGAAACCUUUCAGCUGCUCAGUGUGUGGUAAAAGUGUCAGUAGGAGUGCUUCUCUGAAGCAACACAUGAGAGUUCACACAGGAGAGAAACCCUACAGCUGCUCAGUAUGUGGUAAAAGUUUCAGUCGGCCUCAGAAUCUGAAGGCACACGUGAGAGUUCACACAGGAAAGAAACCUUUCAUCUGCUCAGUAUGUGGUAAAGGUUUCGGUAGGCGUCACAAUCUGAAGACACACAUGAGACUCCACACAGGACAGAGACCUUUCAGCUGCUCAGUUUGUAAGAAAACGUUUACACAGAGUGGACAUUUAAAGUCACACAUGAGACUCCACACAGGAGAGAAACCUUUCAGCUGCUCAGUGUGUGGUAAAAGUGUCAGUAGGAGUGCUUCUCUGAAGCAACACAUGAGAGUUCACACAGGAGAGAAACCCUACAGCUGCUCAGUAUGUGGUAAAAGUUUCAGUCUGCCUCAGAAUCUGAAGGCACACGUGAGAGUUCACACAGGAAAGAAACCUUUCAUCUGCUCAGUAUGUGGUAAAGGUUUCGGUAGGCGUCACAAUCUGAAGACACACAUGAGAGUUCACACAGGAGAGAAACCUUCCAGCUGCUCAGUAAGUGGAAAAGGUUCCAGUAGUCGUUUGAAUCUGAAGAAACACAGGAGAGUUCACACAGGAGAGAAACCUUCCAGCUGCUCAGUGUGUAAUAAAUCUUUUACAGUGAGAAGGAAUUUAAAGCGACACAUGAGAGCUCACACAGGAGAGAAACCUUAUCGCUGCUCAGUUUGUGAGAAAUCUUACAAAGGUUCGCACAAUUUAAAGAGACACAUGAGACACCACAAAGGAGAGAAACCUUUCAGCUCCUCAGCCUCCAGUCAGCAGUCCAGAGGAAGAGAUGCAAAGAGAAUCUGAUGUAGCAGAAAGGAACUCUGAUCCAGAUGGACCAGAUACUGAUGAAAAGACUGGAGAUUCUUGUGAACCUGAGACUGAUGACGGGUGGUUGGAAGUAAACCAGAAAAACUCAGUCUGCUGUAAAUUCUUAGAAAAAGGUCAGUGUGGAUAGAGUCUUUUUAUAAAGCCCUUGGACUUUUCAGAGGGUGUUGUGGAUUCAGUUUGAAGGCUACUUAUGUUGUUGGGAAGGGGGUGAAAUAUUUGUUCAUGAAACGUGUUUAAAUAACAAACAGGCAUUAUCUUUAUUAGACACAAACAUAAUUCAAAGAAAAAUAAAAACAAAAUAAAUACAAUGUAUAGAGAAACAAACAUACCAAAGGAUAUAUUUGUUAUAUAGUGCUCCUCUUUUUCAAUCUUUUUUAAGGAGUGAAGAUUUUCAAGUCAUUUUUAAAUUCCACAGAUGUUUGAGUAACUUUUAAUAAAUCCACAUUUUUGCAAAUAAAAUGUACCCACAAUCAAAAUAUGAAACAUUCGUUUGUUUUCCAUGAUGUGAUAUGAUAUUAAUUUCCUUUUUGUUCAUUUUUUGUUUGUUUUGCAAAACAAAAGUUCACAAACUGAGAUUUUAAUGAGAUAUUUGAUUGUAGAAGUGUAACAAAUGCAACAGUAUUCAUUUUAACAGUUGGAUGAAAUAAACAUGUUCUUAAUAUAAGAAAGUUGCCUAGAAGUUGUUGGUAUUUAAAUUUCAGUGUUUCUGUUUCAUCAUCCUCUUCAUGUCCUGUUGGCAUGUUAAAUCUCAGGUUCAUAUCUGAUCUAUGUUCUCUGUUAGCACGUUCUGGUGCCUUGUUUUUAAAUGAUUCCAUUCAAAUAAAUGUUG